AUGGCUGAUACCAAAUCCUCUCCUCCUGCGACCAAGGUCGAUGAGGGAGCCAAGAAAGAUGUUCAAACCAGACCAGUCAAGCCAGAUGAGGCUGCAUUCAAGGCAAAGUUAGCUCAAGCCGAGAAGGAUCACAAGCAGAGUCAAGAAAAGGCUGCUGCCGCAAAAGCAAAAUUGGACGUUGCGCAACCAAACAAGAACAAGGACUCUCCAGCUGCCAAACGAAGAAAUGAUCUAAUCAGUCAAUUGAAGGAAAUCAAGGAACAACAAGGUGCUGGAAAGGCUGGUCGUUUACAAGUUUUUGAUCAAAUCAAGAAGAUUGAUGAACAAAUCAAAGCCAAGGUUAACGAACAGAAGGUUGCCAAGGGAAAGGUCGGAUUCAAGAAUGUCGAUGAACUGGACAGAGAAAUCGACAGAUUACAAAAGCAAGUUGAUGCUGCCACCAUGAAGAUCGUUGAUGAGCGCAAGACUCUUACCGAAAUCUCCAACCUUCGCAAGCAACGUAAGGGAUUCGCUGGAUUCGAUGAUACCGAAAAGUCAAUUGAAGCAUUAAAGGCCAAGAGGAAGAAUCUCCAAGACUCCCUCGACGAUCCAGAAAGCAAGGCAUUAUCCGAGAAAUACUCGAAGCUUCAAGGUGAAUUGGAUAUCUUGAAGGCCGAGCAAGAUGAUGCUUUCAAGAACUUUGGUGCCCUCAAGGCCGAGAAGGAUAGACUCCAAGCUGAGCAACAAGAGAAAUGGCUCGCUUUGAGACAGAUCAAGGAUGAUCACUACCAAGCCGUUCGAGCUGCUAGCAACUACGAUUACAACCAACGUCAAAAGGCUCGCGAGAGAUCAAAGCUUGAGUGGGAGAAGAAACAAACUGAGGCAAAGAAGGAACGCGCUCAGAAGAUGCUCGCAGAGGCCAGUGACCCUGCCUACCUUGACGAAAUUAGAAACGCCGAAUCAGUUCUCCGAUAUCUCGAUCCAACUUACACCACAACCAAGGCACCUUUACAAGCUCCUUCUGGACUUGAAGCCGCCGCUGGACGUACUGUGGAUGAUUCUGGACUCAAGGGAACUAGAGUCUUGAAGAAGGAAGACCGUGAGGAAGAUUUCAUGAAGGGAACUGGAGGCAAGAAGGGAAAGAAGGGUAACAAGAGAAAUGCUGCAGCUACUUCUACUCCUGCUUCAACAAAAUACAGUUGCCCACCAGCUGUUAUGGAGGAUCUCACUAAGAUGGGAAUUGACCCACCUUUCAGCGCUGCUGAUGUUCCAGCUGUCACCGAGAAAGUCAAGGCCAAGUUGGCUCACUGGAAAGAGGACCAAGCUGCUCAAACUAAGCGUAACAUCGAGAAAGCCCAAAAGGAAGUUGAGAAACUUGAAGCCGAAGAAUCAGGAGCUGCAACUCCAGCUUCAGAAACCCCAGCUACUAAUGGACAUGGACACGGUGAAACUAAGGCUACUGCUGGUGCAGAUGAGGGUGGAUCUGUAGCUAACGAAGUCGAAUUGAUCAAGGAGGGUGAAAAGGAUGCAGCUGCUGAUGCAACUGCUGCCGCUAAGGAGGAUGCUGAGGAAACUUCUUAG